UAUCAUUCUGCACUGAUGCAAGUGCAGAUCAAAGGAGGGGAAUGAAGAAAGAUGCAUGGCUAUAUUAAUGUUCCUGUUGUUUUUUCUGUCUGAAGCAGCUUCUGAUGUGAUUGUGGUACCAGUGCACCCUGGAGAUGAUGUAAUCCUGCAAUGUCGGGCUGCUGAUCCCUCCAUCAGAGUUGUAGAGUGGAGCAAAGAUGACCCGAAGCCAGAGUGCAUCCUCUUUUACUGCGAUAAAGAAACAGAUACAACCAUCCACAAUCCCUCCUAUAAGGGCAGGGUGGACCUGUCUGUCAAUGAGCUGAAUGGCGGAGACGUGUCUUUAACUCUGAAGAAUGUGAGCAGCAUCGACAACGGAACAUACGAAUGUCGGGUUGCAUCAGCUGGUUUCAGUCGGAAAAAGAGAGCAAUCCUCGACUCUGAGCCAAUCACAAUCAUCAGUCUGCAGGUUACAGAGCCAGCAGUUUCAGGUUCCAAGUAUGGAAACUCCUCUCCUGUCGGCCGAUACGUUGGACUGGCUGCAGGUGUUCUGCUUCUUGUAGCUGUUGUUGCAGUGGUUGGUGUCCUGAUGUAUAAAAGACAUAAGGACAAGAGACCAGGACCACCUGCUGCUGCUGAUGAAGCAUCUACCAUUCAGUUCAUCUAACAUCUCCCAGAGCUCUUUACACCUGACUGUUUUCUCAUGUGUCGUAUAUUCAAGACUUCUCUUACUGUGGGUGUGAGGUCAUGUUUAAAUCUGCUGUUUGUUUUUUCUCAACCAAUCUCUUCCCUCUAUGAAAUCCACACACUUUUAAGUAAAAGUUCUGUUACUUUAAAGACGCUAAACAUAUCCCCCUCCGUGA